AUGACCCACCCGCGCGCAUGGGAGCAGCGGGGGGGAGGGCUCCGGGAGGCGCGGGGCGGGCUCGGGGCUGCGCGCUCGCCCGGCGGAGCCGUGGCCGGGCUGGGGGAGCCGGCUGGACUGCCUGAGUGCCGGGCGGCUCCCGGUGUCCGCCUCGGGCUGCUCCCCUGCGCUGCGCUCUCGCGGCCCCGCGCCGGCGCUACGCUCUGCGAUGUGAGCCGCUGCGUGUCCAGCCGGGGCUCUGGCGAGGAAACUCACUUCAAAAGCAGCUGCACAGAGGGGGAGAUUAAAGCCUUUGCCGCCUUCCAAUCAAAUGGGAGCCCGAGGGGGGUGCGCGUGAGGAACAGACUGCGGGGGUAUCCAGAAGGAGCACCGGUGAGAGUGUGGACACCAGCCGGACUGUCAACUCGAGGGGCACAGGGAAUCCACACACCCAGUGUUUUUUCUUCCUCAGUAAUCGAGAUCCCGCCCGGCGCAGCGCAGCGCGGCCACCAGGAGGCUGCGAAGAAGAGGCCCGGUGGUGGGUGUGUGUGGGGAGAACCGUCUCAGGCUCACUCUUUCCCUCUUCCGACCUUCCCUCACCUCCUGCCCUGCGCUAUCCCCACAGGCUGGGGAGCCAGGGUCACUCGGGGCUGCUGUCUUGAAUUUAUUCGGAACGUCGCGUCGGAACGACCUGCGCUGGGAGAGCCGGGGGAAGGAGCGAGAGAAGGCAAGGGCGGCUGCCUGUGGGAACACGGGUUCUUCCAAGGAAGCAGAGCGGGACUGCUGCGUUCCCCUCGAUUUCCACCGUCACUCGGGUUUGGAAAGAAGAGGGAAGGCGCUAAGUGCGUGCCACCGCGUACCUGGACCUGGGUGCCCAGUGUGUAUGCAUGCCUGUGGCGCUGCAAUCGACGGGAUUUCUCUGGCUGUCGUUUGCGCUGCAUUUAUCCGAAUACAUCCAGCUCGCAGGCAUCCUCCAGGAAAUGGCUCCGGCUCGUGUGUACGCCGACACCUCGGCCCUACGCGGGACUCGAGGUGGCUCCUAGUGCCCGGGCAGCUGAGAGUCCGGCCUCCAAAGGAGGCUGGACAAGCAGCGCCCCCAGGUUGAGCGGCCUCAAGCUGCUUGGCAGUGCCUGGCAGCCCCCACCUCUGCUGGUACUUCGGAAACCCGCCCCGCCAGGUUCGCCCGCGGUGAAAACUGAAAGCAAAUACUCCUACAGGGGUAGCCCAAACUUCGACGAAGGCUCUCUCCUGCGCCUGUGUCUCGGAGAACCCCCGGGCUCUGCAAGUUAGCAACAGAGAUUCUUUAGCGGCUAAGGAAGGGACCUGCAGGGUGGGGUGAGGGGCAAAGAGGACACUGGGUGACCCAGCCUGGCCCGGGGCGAAACGCAAGAGAACGUGCCACCUUCCUUAUUUCAAUGCAAUUUCUCUGCCCCAGAUGGUAAAAAUAGUUUCCGAGCUGCGGCGGACGCCCAGGAUAUGUUUGCAGAGAUCAAACUGGGGAGGAGGCAGCUUUGUAAAAGUUGCAGGAAGAUUUGCCCAGAAGCGUCCGCCCGGCGGGGCUCAAGAAUGCUUGGGGCCAGCUCCACGUUCCUUGAAGCGGUGGCCAAGAAUUAGCCUGGGUAACCCCCUGCCCAGUUCUCUGUCCUCACUUCUAGCCAGCGCUUACCUGCCCUGCAAACUUCCCGGCGCAGCGCCUGCAAGGCCAGGACGCAGCUAGGGCUAGCAAAACCCCGCCGCGGCGCACUCGGCCCCACCCCUGAGAGGCUGCCCGGGGUGGGAAGACCAGUGUGGUUUCCGAUCCCACUCGGCUGCUCAGACCCUCAAGGCUGAUCCCCCCAACCCCUGGGAGCCGGUGCUUCCCUCUGGUAGCCGCGAUCUUGCGGGCCGGCGAGGGUGCAAAGUGCGCGCGCUAGCCCGCGCGGGGGCGGCCGCGCGUCUCUCCGCGGGGCCUGUCGCCGGGCUGGCCGCGGCGGGUGAGUGAUGAGGGCAGAGAAGGGCGCCCAUAAAUCGCGGGUGUCAGGGCGAAAAACUCUCUUUAUUGUCUGCGUGAUGGAUGGGCCCGGGGACGAGACACCAAAUACUUCGUAUCGCCUUUAAAUGGGAACACAUUUUCCGCGGCCAUAAUUCAUGUUUUUUAAAUAGAAAGUUUGAAAUGUUGCCUAUAUUUCACCGGCCCUGACAUAUUUAUGAAUCGCUCCCUGCAUGCAAAUAUCAUUAUUUAAAGCGCCAGGGAGAGCGCGGGGGAGGGGAGAAGGCGCGGUUCCCGGGGCGUGGGGGUGGUGAACCGGGGAAAUGUCGGUGGAGGGGGGCCAUCUCCCUAAAGGGCAGAGGGUUAGGUGCGGGGAACAGCCGUAUCCGGAAACCGAGCGUGUCCUGGGGCUUCUGUCCCGACGCCGGACCCCGCACGGCCGCCCCGGGAUGUUUUUCGCGGCUUGGGACCGAAGAGAGGCCCCCGGCCCCUGCUGGGAGACCAGGGGGCAUUUUUCGUCCCUCUCUGAAGCUGUUAUCCCAGCUGAAACCACCUUUUCUAAGAAGAAAGUUUUUUUAAAAAAGGAAUUUAACAAACACAAAUAAUAAUAACCCAACAUG